GAGGGUAUCUGGAGAACAAGGCAAGCAAGUGUACAUUAUAAGUUUGGUCGUUUCUUUAAAAAGAGAACCGAGAACUUCCUUGUCGAACAAAUGACGAGAUGUCGACUAUUGUACCUGUUCUUGUUUACCGCUUUGCUGAUCGGCACAGACGCGGCAAAAGGUGGAGGAGGCAGAGGAGGCGGUAGACGGAGCGGUGGAAGAGUAUACAAAUCACGGAUGCCUAUUCUAAUUCCUCAUAGAAAUCCUGCUAGUGCCAAUUACUAUGAAAACAAAGACGGCGCAAGAAUAGUGAAAUCAUCUCACUUUGAGUUAGAUUACAUGCUCGGUAGGAAGAUCACGUUCUUCUGCAUGGCUACCGGAUUUCCAAGGCCUGAGAUCACCUGGUUAAAGGAUGGAAUUGAAUUGUAUCAUCAUAAGUUCUUUCAGAUAGUCAUGUCACGUUCCAUGGUGAUAUUUGUAUUAAUCGUUCUGCUGCUGAACAGCCAGGAGACCCUUGCUCGAAGAGGACGAGCCAGGGGUAAAAGUAGAUCAAGAGUUCAAAUUGGAUUACCCAUCACUGGGAAGUACCGUGAUCCGGAGAGUGAUCAGUAUUACAAUAAUCAUAACGGAGCGAAGAUACUGCUGUCCUCGCACUUUGAUUUGGAGUACGUUCUGGGACACAAAAUCGUCUUCCUCUGCGUUGCACGUGGAAAUCCACGUCCCCAUAUCACAUGGUUCAAGGAUGGCGCAGAGAUCUAUAAUCAUCUUUACCUGCACGUACACGAAUGGCAAGAGGGACCUGACCAAGUGAAAUCGAAACUAGAAAUUGAUCCUGCUACGCAAAUGGAUGCCGGUGUCUACGAAUGUACAGCCGACAAUAUGUAUAGUAUCGAUCGUAGAUCAUUCAAAACUGACUUUUCUAUCGCUUUCGAUUAAGUUUAUGUUUCUUUCAACGUUAUCAUAGAUUGCUAUCGAUGAGUUAAUAAAAUCUUUCUUUCAAA